AUGGAAGAAAUUCUGGUGGUCAUCGUAGGAGCUGGGCCUGCAGGUUUAGCAACUUCUGCAUGCCUCACCUAUAUGAAUAUCCCCAACCUAGUCCUUGAAAGAGAGGAUUGUUACGCCUCUCUAUGGAAAAAAAGAACCUACGAUCGUUUGAAACUACACCUAGGGAAACAAUUUUGCGAGCUUCCCCACCUGCCCUUUCCCACUGAUGCACCCACUUUCAUCCCUAAGAAUGGCUUCAUUAGCUACUUAGAUGACUAUGUCUCUCAUUUUCGCUUAAACAUUCGAUACUGUCGUUCUGUGGAGUCUGCUUUCUUUGAUGAGGGUUCAAAGAAAUGGCGUGUUGUUGUGGAGAACAAGGCUUCGAAUGUUACUGAGGUUUAUAGUUCCAAGUAUUUAGUUGUUGCAACUGGUGAAAAUAGCGAAGGUGUGAUUCCUGAUGGUGUCCCUGGGCUCGAUAGCUUUCAAGGGAAAUGCUUGCACUCAAGCAAGUAUGAGAAUGGCGAGGUGUUCAGAGGCAAAGAUGUUUUGGUUGUUGGAUGUGGAAAUUCCGGCAUGGAGAUUGGCUUUGAUUUGUAUAACCAUGGUGCUCAUACUUCCAUUGUCGCCCGUGGCCCAGUACAUAUGGUUAACAAGGAUAUUGUAUUGAUGGGCAUGAUAAUGUUACAAUAUCUUCCAUGCAGCAUAGUGGAUCCAAUAAUUCAGAUGAUGAGCAGGUAUAAGUUUGGGGAUCUCUCCAAGUAUGGCUUCCAAAAGCCUAAGGAAGGUCCAUUUUCUCUGAAAUUAAUAACUGGUCGAUCUCCUACCAUUGACGUUGGUGCCAUAGAGAAGAUCAAAUCAGGGGAAAUCCAGGUUUUUCCACCCAUUACAAGUGUAAAUGGGAAAAAAAUCAAGUUUGAAAAUGGCAAGAUUAAUUCAUUCGAUGCUGUUAUACUCGCCACCGGAUACAAAAGUACUGUCCGAAACUGGCUCAAGGGUGGUAAUGAGCUUUUUGAUGAUCGUGGGAUGUCCAAGCAAAGUUUUCCAAAUCACUGGAAGGGGAGCAAUGGACUUUACUGUGCUGGAUUUUCAAGCAGGGGGUUGGCUGGGAUUUCAAGUGAUGCUAAAAAUAUAGCCACUGAUAUCAGUUUUGUAAUGGAAUAA